GUGGAGGGAGCCGGUGCGGUCUUGUGGGUAUAUAGACUGCCGCUAUGCUGCUCUCCUUCUUGGCUCUGCUUCCGGAAACGGCUUCUCCGAGUGUGUAGGCGAUCACCUGAUUUCCCUGCCACAACCAUCAGCCUGCUGCGUGGCCUCUUGUCCUCGACGCUGCAGCUGUGAUUCCCCCAGGACCAUGCAGUGUUACAGAGUAUUGGCCAUCCCAAGUAACAUUCCUGCCACCAUUGGAAAACUGUACAUCAGUCACAGCAAGAUCAGGCACUUACAGUUUUCAGACUUCAGUGACAUGCCAGGUUUGCAGGAACUAGUGCUAUUUUCCAGUGGAAUAGAAACAAUUGAAAACAAUACAUUCAAAGCACUGAAUAACCUGAAACUGCUGGAGGUAUGGAACAAUAAACUGACCAGUGUUCCCAGAUCAUUGCAUCCAAAGCUGGAGGUCCUAAAACUGGGGGACAAUUCAAUUCGUUCACUCCAUCACAAAGACUUUGAAGGUUUAACCAGACUCCAAGUCCUUGAGGUUCAAAAAAACCUCCUCAGUACAUUAUCAUUUGAAGUCUUUUCUUCACUUACUAACUUACAGACCCUUGUUCUGGAAGGUAAUGGUAUGCACACAAUAUCAGGCGUGGCUAGACUUCCCAAUCUCAAAUACUUGAAUAUGGAGAACAACAAGCUGAUGUUUUUCUAUGACAAUUUCUUCAUACAUUUUCCAAGCUUACAAUAUCUUAGGUUAGCUGGAAACCAGUUUGUUAGAGUUCCACCACAUCUGCCUAAAUCUCUUUUGUCCUUGAGGUUAGAAAGAAAUCAUAUAAAAAGUGUGCGUGUCAGAGAUUUAAAGCAACUGGAAAAUCUAUUCGAUCUUAAUCUUUCUGGGAAUCAGUUGUUUUCAGCAGAUGGGCUACAAGUUAUUACCAAUCUUACAUCAUUAGACCUGUCAAAGAACCAACUCUCAACCCUCCCUCAAAGGUUACCAACUCAGUUACAGAGACUUGACUACAGCAAUAACCAGGUAUCAAGAAUAACAGUGCAGGAUAUGAAAGGUCUGGGCAGCCUGAAACAUCUGUUCCUGGAUAACAAUGGUAUGAUAGUAUUCGAGGACAAGGCACUUCAGUGGUGUGGACACUUAUCCAACUUAGCUAUGGAGCAAAAUCUUCUAACCGCCAUUCCUUUGGGGUGACACUAAAAUGGGUAAGGUGGUCACCACAGAAAAAGACAAUAUAAUAUUACAGAGGGAUCUGGGGAAGCUGGAGGCUUGAGC